AUGCCCCACGGCUGCCCCACGGCUGCCCCACGGCUGCCCCACGGCUGCCCCACGGCUGCCCCACGGCUGCCCCACGGCUGCCCCACGGCUGCCCCACGGCUGCCCCACGGCUGCCCCACGGCUGCCCCACUGCCCACGCCAGGGGUGGCCAUUGAUGGGCUCACCAAACCCAACAAGAUGAAGGUGAAGUGGACCCAGCUGGGCCUGGUCUUCUUCCUGCUGCUGUCCGUGGUGAUGACGGCCUGCUUCAUCUGGCAAUACCAGCUGCCCAAGAUACUCGCUGACGACGCUCUGGGAAAGAACGGCAACGGUGACAGGAUGUGCCCACGCUUCCCCGAGCCCGCCCCGCUCGAACACCCCAUCCCCAUUUUGAAGGAGGCCCUGGAGAAGGUUGAUGCCCUGCUGCGCCAAAGCAUCAACCCCAUUAGCCUGCCCGCAAUGUCGGCCAUUGUUAUCUACAACGACACGGUACUGUGGACAGGAAAUUUCGGCAAGAGGAAUGGCAGUGACCCUCUCUCCACCCCACCAAAUGAGUACACCAUCUACCGGAUUGCCAGCCUGUCCAAGAUCUUCCCUACUCUGAUGCUCUAUAAACUGUGGGAGGACGGCAAGGUGGGUUCCCUGGACGACCCCCUGGAGAAAUAUGUGGAGAACUUCACCAUCAAAAACCCCUUGGGCAAAGCACCUAACUCCGAGCUCAAGUACGUGACAGACGGCCUGAUCUUCCUUGACAGCGGAGAGGUUCAGAUUCGGUCCUCCUCUGUCACACUCCGCAGAAUGGCCAGCCAGCUCUCCGGUCUUCCCCGGCGGCUCAGGGCCACAAACCUGCUGUGGAAGGGGAAAACUCAAUCGGCCAUUAACUUAUUGCAAGAUGAUGUCCUUGUGGCAGACCCUGGCACCAAGUGUCAUUACAGCAACCUGGCCUUCUCCCUACUGGCUCACGUCAUGGCAGAGCGGGUGGUUGGCCUGGACUACCAGCGGUGGAUCAACGACAACAUCCUGGACCGGCUGGGCAUGGAGGACACGGGCUUCGACAUCACGCCGGCCAUCCAGACCCAGAUGGCGGUGGGCGUGUACAGCAACGGGCAGGCGGCGCCCCUCUACGACCUGGGCUGGUACCGGCCGUCGGGCCAGAUGUUCUCCACGGCGGCGGACCUGGCCAAGCUGGCCAUGAUGCUGCUGGGCGCCUACCACCGCAAGCUGCUGGAGCCCGACACGCUGAAGAUCAUGCUGACGCCGCUGUUCCGCUGCGACAAGGACUACUUCGCCAACCGCACCGGCACGCCCUGGGAGGUCAACGAGGUGCUGGGCUACGAGAUGGUGCGCAAGGACGGCGACCUGGACGGCUACUCGGCCACCUUCUCGCUGGUGCCGCGCCUCAAGCUGGGCCUGGUGGUGCUGAUGGCCGGCACGCGGCCGCAGAACCUGGACGUGGUGGCCAAGGCCUACGGCCACAUCAUCCCGGCCAUGGAGCGGGCGUUCCGCGAGGCCAAGCGGGCGCUGGUUCCGCCGCCCGACCCCGUGCCCUACGUGGGCUUCUACACCUACGGGAACAUCACCUACUACGAGAUCAAAGCCGGCCCGGACGGCGUUCUGAUCAUGCAGCAGUUCGGGCCCCAGAUCGCGGAGCUCAUCCCGGAGCGGUACCGGACGAUCAAGCUGAACUACCUGGUGGACCGCGUGUUCCGGGUGGUCUUCGAGAAGGAGUACCCCUGCGUCCUGCGCGUCAGCACCGCCUCUGUGUCUCUGGAGGCGCAGGACGGACAGCUCUUUAACUUCUACGUCUUUGACAAGCGCGGGCUGUCCCCGGGGUUCGAUGCCCCCGGCCUCAACACGUAUAACGUGGUCCGAAUAGCCCGCCGACCGACUUUCAACACCUGA